CAGUCAUGUGAUCAGCUGUGUCCAAUCACAGCUGAUCACUGAUCAUCAGGGCACUGAUGAUCAGUGUGCCCUGAUGAUCAGUGUGGCCCCAGAAGUGCCACCUGUCAGUGUCCAUCAGUGCCAGCAGUCAGUGCUCAGUGCCACGUGCCAGUGCCCAUCAGUGCCACAUCAAUGCCACAUAUCAGUGCAUACCAGUGCACAUCAAUGCCACAUAUCAGUGCCCAUCUUAGCUGCCUUUCAAUGUCACCCAUCAGUG